UCAGGGCCCGACAGUGGGCGUUGGCGGACGUAUGCGUAUCGUUGUUACCUAGUGCCUAUUUAGUGUGAAAUGAUGCUUCGAUACAUGGCUAAGCCUAGACUUCUUACAUUAAUGUAGAGGCAAUCAUCAUGGCCUAGCUGAUUGCCCCUUCCCAGCACGAAGUUUUCUGAUGACUGUUGAACCACCUCACUCGUUGUGGCACUCCAUUCACCUUUGUGUGAGUCGGCCCUCACCAAGUACUAGUAGUGUAGCGUGUGUUUGUGAAUAGAUAUUGAUUGAAAGUGAUUGCUACAGGAACAUUUUUGAAAAAAAAGCAGCUGAUUUAGGAGUGCUUGACUGCGCACCAGUGCUUGAAACUUCAUGUGGCAGUGUCCGUGAGACAGGAAGGUGUCGCCAUGGAUACCUCAAGUUCAGAUGAUUUAAACACCUCGUUGGAGAGUAACUUCAGCGAGGAAGCAGAUAUCUUGGCACUGAGGCGGUCUGAGCGGCCAUCGCCCUUCACGUUGAGGUCACAAUGCAGCAACCACCGGUGUCCCCAGGGUGCAGGGAUACUCUUCCGCUCCAGGAUCAGCCCAUCACCCAGCAAACAGAGAGUCCGGACUCGACGGCGGCGGCGAUCUGAUCAAAGCAACCUGGAUUCCAGCGCCAACAGCACCCUCACCUCGCCCAUCACCUCUGUGGACCACCAUCACCACCACCGCCACCACCACCAUCAUCAUCGUCAUGCUGACUCUCCCUCUCAAGAACCUCGGCCACUAAGGAGCGACGAGAUGAUACGACACCGCUCAUUGACCCCCCGCCGCAGGAAGGCAACCCCGACAGUAACCGUGGAGAGGCAGGGGAGCUCACAGUCCGUGGAGCAGAGUAGGGAUGGAGGAGCAGAGUCACCUGGUGUGAAUGGAGGUGUGGCUUCCUAUGCUGAGAGUCUGAAGGAAAGGGUUCUUGGCUUCCUGACUCCCACCCAGGAAGCAUCAUUGCCAGCCAUCGUCGAGUCCUCAGAAUCAGGCUUUGAGGAAGGGAACUUAACAGGUGGCACAGUUCCUACAUCCUCUCCAGCCUCUGAGGUCUUUGUUGGGGCCAGAGAGUUCUUUGCUGAGAGAGAGAGCAGAGCCCGCCUUACUAAUGAUUACUACACCUCCUCUGACACUCCUUCAAGACUACGGGAAAGCACCAGACGCCUGAGCAUUCGGAAAUCAUUCAACAACUACAUCGCCUACUCGUCGGAUGAAGAGUUGGACGAGUGGUGGAACCAGCCCAAGUCAGACUACACGUACAGCACUUCGCUGACCUACCGAGAUCGUGUGACUCCAGACCGGAAGAUCGGGUCCCCCAAUAUGUCCCGGCGGGGACUCCGGGGUGGGAACAUGGCUUACACCAAGUCACCAGACUUCUCCUCAUCAGACUUGUCCAACGAGACCGACGACAGUAGUCAUCUGAACCUCAGGACGAGAACAGUACUCCGCCCCAUGGAAGCCCUCUCAGACACCAGUGAUGGGGAAGGAGAGGGCGUUGUGGAACCAGUGUCCAGAAGAACUCGGUCCAGCAGGAGCCGCAGUACCGAGUUUGGCCCAAGGAUAAACGGCUCCACCAUAACCAGAACUGUUACCUCAUACACCACAACCAGGACACUGCACCAAGGUCUUGAUGUGGACAGUGAUGUGGACGAUGGCACAGAGUCCACGGUGCCUCAGCGAGCCACCCCCUUCACAGCCAGGAGUGGCACCCCCUUGGCUAGGAGGAGUGCCACUCCAGUUAGCAGAGAGUUCAGUAGAGGCAACUCAAGAUCAUCUGUUUGUGGUGAUGCGGGGAGAGGCUACACACUGGCUAAGGGGGCCAUAGCAGAAGAUGUUGAGGAGGAAGAAGAGGCAGAAAAUGAUUCCACCCUAAGUUGGAGGAUAUUGAGCUGGCGCACUGUGAGGCGCAUCACCACCUAUGUCACCACCUCUGUUGUCAUGAUAGCAGUGAGAACAGUGUUGGCGCAACAGUCAGAUACUUCAACAUCUGUCUCAUCUUCAGAAAAAUUGUCUAGGUACUCCUUUCUGUCAAGUGUGAGCAGCAGCAGCCGGCGAGUUGUGGAUGCAGGUGCAGGCUUGCUGGCUGCAUCCAAGGACCACUUGAAGAAAAGACCCAUUCUCCUCUGGAUUCCUCUCAUUCCUUUGUUGAUGCUCUUGCUCCUUGUUGCAUCCUGGUGGCUGUUGCAGUCUGGUGCCAAGACAGAUGACUCAGCUGACCCCACACAGACUACUGAUGGACCUUCCUUCCUGUCCUAUAUCUUGACCUCAGCAUCUGAUAUUUCUAACCUGGUGAUUAAUGGCAUCUAUUAUGGUCCUAUCCUGGCAUGGGAAGCAAUUCUUGGCCUGGUGGGCUGGGUCGUGUCUGUGUCCUCAGCCAGUUUCUCUGCAUUGUGGAAUGCAAUCACAAGCAUGGCCGUGUGGCUUGGGUCUGCGGCACACUCUGGCUUGGCAUACAUACUGCAGACUAUCUACCUCAUACUGGAACUCCUUCAAAUCAUGGGCUUAGCAGUAGCAAGUUUCUUCUCUUCAUCUUUCUCUUAUGUGUUUGGAUUCCUUUUGCCCAUCAAUGGGUCUGAAGAAGGAGCAGGAAAUGAAGCUCAGUCAUGGAGUGCCUCUGCUUGGGUAUCAAGUGCAACUUCGCUCAGCUGGGUGUCACAAGUAUACACAAGUGUGUCAGAAGCUGCUCAGAAAACACAAACAUGGAUUUGGGAUGGGUGGCUAUGGCUGGUGAUCUCUCUGGCUGAUGCUCUCACAGCUGGUUUGUCAUCUAUACUAUGGUUCCUGGGCUUUCUGUGGUCUCUGGUGUGCCUCAUGGUAUCAGGACUCUGGACUCUACUAGUCUACAUUUUUACUGGCACCACUGGAUUUUUGUCAUCAGCUGCUACAACAGGGACAUCUGUAGUUGUGGAAGUGUUCUCUACAGUAGCUGGUGCUUCCAAACUGGUACUUCUGCCAUUUUCCAAAACCUCAGAAUCUUCAAAAACUGAUCACAACACUUUACUGGAAACCCACUUAACACCUGUUGAUGAUCCAAAAGUUGGUAUUGAUGGAAUAUCAGUUGAGGAUAUUGUGAGCAGAGUACUGGAGAGCACAGAGUUGAGAGGACUCAUCACUACCGUCUCCUCACAGAACACUGCCAAAAACCAGGCAACAACUGAAGAAAUAAAUCUUGUAAAGUCUCUAGUGGAAGGGAAACUGAAGGAACACAAAGCUGAAACUGCAGCACUGUGGGAGAGUCACACGAAGGCUGCAGCAUUGGACACAAAGACGCACAUGUUGUCGGUUAAUGAGCAACAGCAGGAUUUUCUUAAACAAGUUGGACUGCUUAGAGCAGAGGUGGCAAGGCUGCAGGACUCCAUGAAGGCCAGCCAAGAGGAUCAGAACCAUCACCACCACCACCAUUUGGAAGCGCUCCAUAACCAGAUCGACAAACUUGCUCUACAGCUGCGGGAAUUGGAGAAUAACCACACAAGCUUGGUAUCAGAGGUGAAGAGUUGCUGCAAGAAUGCAAGUGUGACAUUGGCAGAUGUUGAGAGGCAUGUGACUACCCUGUUAGGGGAUAUCUUAGGCUUCUCCUCUGGGCAAGGCACUGCUGGGGACUCCUGGAAUGUGGCUGAUAUGGCUGCCUGGCUUAAAAGCUACUUUGUGGCCAAGGAGGAACUGGAAACUAGACUCAACAUCCUAACAUCAUCCUUGCAGAAGAAAAGCAUGGAAGAUAAUAAAAUGAAAGAAUCCACCAUGGCUGCCAGCAAUGCAGCAAUUGCUCAGAGUACACAGAUAAUCAUGAACACUGUUCUUGAGAAGCUCCGUACUGAGAUCCAGAAACAGCAUGAAGGUCAUGUUGAAGCUUCCAGUCACCAAGUGUCCCAGGAGGUGAACAGCCAGAUGCAGGCAGCUGCUGCUGUGCUGGGUAAACAGGUGUCUGAGCAGGUUGAGCAACAACUUCAGUCAUCUAAGCAGCAACUGGCGAACAGUGUAAAUAUUGCAAUUGAGAAGGCUGUACCAAAGCAUGUGGCAUCUGCUGUUCCAGAAGCUGUAGGAAGUGCAGUAUCUGAAGCUGUUGCUGAUGCCGUUCCUAAGGCUGUUUCAACAGCAAUUCCGAGUGUUGUGCAGGUUGCUGUGGAGGGUGCCGUUGAAACGGCAGUCAAUGCAGCAGUUGAUGCUGCUGUUCCAGAGGCUGUUGCUAAGGCAGUUCCUGAAGCUGUUGAUGCAGCUGUGCCAAUUGUUGUAAGCAGUGCAGUUGCAGAAGCAGUACCUCAAGCAGUAGAAGGGGCCUUACCAAACACUGUAAAUGUUGCUGUCCAGGAGGCUGUGGCUCAGGAAGUACAAGGAGCAAUGACAGUGGCAGUUUCUGAAGCGAUAGCCUCUGCCCUACCAUCUGCUGUGUCAACAGCUGUGAAUGAGACUGUUGCUGCCAAAAUUUCUGAGGCUGUUGUAGAUGCUAAGCUUAGCAGAACUAGUGAUACACAUGAUGAGGUAAGGAGUGGUGAUGGCGUGGUGGUGGUCUCCGGAACACACUCGGAUAUGAGCAGCAGUAGCAGUGGUGCCACACUCUCGGCUACCGUCAAUGUGUCAAAUAACGGAAACAAUGGUUCCAAUCUGUUUGCUCCGGUGUCUAUGCCCAUGUUGGGUGGACUUAAUGAAUCUGCAGUGAUUCGCAUUGUAAAAGAAGCCCUGCUGAAAUAUGAUGCUGAUAAGACUGGUAUGGUGGAUCAUGCUUUGGAAAGUGCAGGUGGAAAUAUCAUCUCAACACGUUGUACAGAAAGUUAUCAGGUCCACCUAGCUGAGUUGAGCAUCUUAGGAGUGCCACUGUUCCGGUAUCCCACCAACAACAACCCUCGUAUCAUCAUCCAGCCUGAGAGGAUGCCCGGACAGUGCUGGGCUUUCAAGGGUUCUCAAGGGUACAUAGUUAUCAAACUGGCUGGUAGUGUCUUGCCAACUGGAUUUACCAUUGAACAUAUACCUAAAUCAUUGUCGCCCUCUGGAGAAAUUGAUUCUGCUCCCAGAGAAUUUGAAGUUUGGGGGCUACAUUCUGAAAAUGAUGAAGGUGUUCUACUUGGCAAUUAUGAAUAUGAUCAAAAUGGAGAUCCUUUCCAAUAUUUUGCUAAAAAAGAAACAAAUUCUGAAUACUUCCCAUUGAUUGAGUUGAAAAUCAACAGUAAUCAUGGUAAUUUGCAGUACACAUGCCUUUACAGGUUCAGAGUUCAUGGUUUACGACAUUUUUAAGACAAAAGUUGAUCUCGCUGAUAAUACUUAUUAAAAAAAGUUUGGUGGCAUUGGUGACAAGUGACCUUACACUUCAUAAUCUCAGACUAUUUACAAAAUGCUUUUUUCUUUUAAGGAAAAUAUUUGUUUUAUCAAAGCUACUACUAUUCAUCAAUUUUUAUAUCAAAGCUAGUAUUCAUCAAUUUUUUGUAGCAUAAAUUCAUGCAAGUGAGAAGAACCAGUGUCACAAGCAGCUUUCACGUAAAACAGUCUCUACUUUGACAGCGUGGUGUGAUUGCUAGUGUUCUCAAGUCAAAAAAACAAAGCCUUAUAAAUUUCAGCAUUAAUGUAGGUAUACGUUUAUACAUAUGUAAAUAUUGAAUAUAAAAAUGGUGCUUUUUACUGCCUUGUAAAAUGUGUGCAGCAAUGGUGGCCUCUCUCUCUCUCUCUCUCUCUCUCUCUCUCUCUCUCUCUCUCUCUCUCUCUCUCUCUCUCUCUCUCUCUCUCUCUCUCUCUCUCUCUCUCUCUCUCUCUCUCUCUCUCUCUCUCUCUCUCUCUCUCUCUCUCUCUCUCUCACACACACACACACACACACACAAAACAGUUUGUUGCAAGGUUGUCAGUCGGCUGCACUGUUUUGAGCUGCCAGAGGUUGAUUGUAAGAGUGCCAUCCAUCAUUCAUGCAGAAUUUCUCAUGUACUUGGAUGAAAUGCAACCCUUGCAUAUUAUCUUGCAAAUAUUUAGUGAUCCAAAGAAAUGUAGAUAGUGACAUUAUCAUGUAUUUUAUUGAGGUACAAAAAAAAGUAACUUAGUAAGUAUGUAGGAUUAUGUACUUAUUUUGUAUAAAUCUUGGAAAUUACCUUAGAGAAUUUUGUACAUUUUACAAAGACAAAUCAUAUAUGAUGGAGAUGAAAUAUUAUAUUUGCAUAUAAAGAUUCAAUGUCUGUCCUUCAUUUCUUUCAUUAAUUUUUCUAGUCCCUCCCUCUUUUUUAUAUGUUAUAAAACAAAUAAAAUUAACCAGAA